CUUUUUUUACUCUUUCAUUCUUCCAUUCUAUCAUUCUCUCGUUUUUGCAUUCUUUCUCAUCAUUCAAUACUCACUUUACUUUAAAAAUGGAUCACAUCGAUCAGAGUCUGGACGACAUCAUUGCAGCGAAAAAACUGGCAGGGAAGAAAACGUAUGACCCCAUUAUUCGCUCAAAGCCAAGGUCAAGGUCGGUUCUCAAAGGAACCACAACAGGACGGAUAUCAAAGCCAAACUCUGGAAAGAGCUGUCCACUGUUCACUGAGAGCUACAAAGACUACAUGGCACCAGUCAAAGAGAUUUUUACUUCAAGAUAUCUGCCCUUAACAGGCCCUAUCAAACUCAUUGCUAUCAACCAUGAGGCGAUCAGAGCCAAAAAAAAUACUGAAUCUGACUCUUCAUCUACAUCUCGAUCAUCAACUACGCCAUCAAUAAGAAAAGGCGACUCAUACACACCAUCCUACAGCAGUAUACGGAGCCGUAGUCCACGCUCAGUAUAUCGUAGUGGAGAUUAUUAUCGACCAAGUUCGAGUUCUAAACGGACUACAGAUGCCAAUAUAAAGCCGACCAUCCCCAGUAAGGAUGAGGAUAAAAACGAUAAUGAUGCUAAUAGCAGGUCAAACAACCAAAGUAGCAAUACGUCGCGAAUGGAAAUUAACAACUAUGGAGUUGAGAAAUCGUCUUCGUCUCUGGAGACUAUGAGGACAGAUUCUGAAAAUGUGGUAAAGGCUACGCACCAAACAUCGGCAGGAGGAAUGGAUAUCGAUGAUGGCCCACUUUCUAUCAAGGGCAUUGCACCACAAGGAACAGAAUUGAACACUAAGCUUGAAGGACCAGCCACAAUUGAAAUCGAGAAUUUGGAUCCUGGAACAACAACAGAGGAUGUGAAGGUUGUAUGCUCCCGCUUCGGUGAGAUCCGGUCCUGUAUCUGCCUGAAUGGAUUCUCACAAGUCACCUAUGCCAGAAAGGCUGCCGCACAGGCAGCUGUUGACAAUCUGAAUGGCAAAAAAGCUGACAAUGAUCAAAUUUUGCGGGUCACUAUGCGGAAGAUUCCUGUUUUCCACAAUUUACAGCUACCAGGUACAAUCCAUGUUCCCAGCCCUAUUGCCGGACCAAUGAAACUCUUGACAAAAGUUGUUGAGGGAACCAUUAAAAACGCAGGGACGUUGUACCAGGAACAGCUUCAGGCAGCGCAGCAAAUGCUUAAAGUUCAGCAGCACAGGAUGGCACAGUUACACAUGGAAGAGCAACGUAUUGCUGCCCUUCGGAUGCAAGCAAAUGCUGAUAUGAAUAGGCUAUCACUCUAAGCGAUUUAAAAUUAAAGAAAUAUACAUUUAUAAUAUCCAAAAUUUAUUGGUCUAAUAAAAUAUUCCUUGUUUAAUUCGCC